UUUCAAAUAAGCACAAUGAGCUCAUAAAGCAGCUAGAAGAGAGUGACCUGGAUAGCUCAGAGCCAAAGCAAAUAAAGAGAGAUAUACAAACGCAGCUAUCCCGACAGAAUCUGUCAUCUAGCAAAUUAGCAGAAUACUUAGUAAUGCUAAUGAAUGCGGAUUUAUACGACUCUUAUAUUGAUUCUCAGGGGGUCUACAAUAUGGAAAAUGCAUUAUACAGCGCUAUAUCCUUAAUUGAACGCUGUACGACAAUAGAAGAGAGUAGAAUUGGAUACCUCUACCUUACUUUACACGCACCGCGAGUUGGAGAAUGGAAUGUCAUGUUGGUCAACACUCUAAAGAAAGACCUCGAAAGCGAAAGCGAUGCGAGAAUCCUACUCGCUGUGACAUUUCUCAUCCACAAGCCUUUCAUGGAGGUCAUUCCGGCUGUUAACUUGACUUUGCUUCAGCUCUUAUCACAUAAUAGGAGGUUUGUUCGGCUACGUGUCGCAAAUGCUAUAUCACAACUUAUUGCUAUAUCGGAUGACGGUGGGCUGUUUGACAGUGACGCGCUGAUGAAGUUUGUCAAGGAAGACACAAGUGAAUGCCUGCAGAAUAUUAAAUUAGACUUGAUGGAUAAGGUGAAUAAAUAUCAGAAUAAUGAUAGUACAUUUCAUGAUGUAGACAUACAACAGCUAGAGACACUCAUUGAAGGGAGCGAAGAUGUCAUAUUGCGUCGUCCUGUAUAUGUCCUCAAAAUAUUAAGAAACAUCAGUGUAAAUGCCACUACACUAGGCAAUACCAGUAUAUCUAAUAUUCUGGUGAAAUUAUUACGGCAAGUCAGAGAAACUUCUUCUCCAUACAAACAUGCUAUCGGACUCGAAAUACUAAAACACGCCCGAGAAAUUCCUACCGAAGUGCGCUCAUAUAUUGAAAAUCUAAUCAACAACAAAACGGCGAAUACUCCAAACUACAGAUAUGCAAUUUUGGCCCAAUUAUUGGUCAUACCUGGCGACGUCGCCAAUAAGAUUCUUGGUGAGAAGGAAAGCUUGUAUGUUAUGGAUACGCUCGAAAAUCAAGACGUGACUUUAAGAAAAAAGGCAUUGCAACUCCUUGGACAUAUUGACAUGAACACACUUAAACAGUAUCAUCAGAUGUUAUUACAAGUAGGUUCGCAAUUAGCAAGCGAAUGUGAAGAAUAUUUACGCUGAAAAUUUUGUACAUUAUGUAAAGUAGAUUGUCUUUUAUAAUAAGACUAUUGUUUAUGUCCUC